AUGGGGCAAUGUCAGGUUAGUCCACGAAGCCCUCCUCUCGUCUCUGUCCAAGAUCUUAGAAAUAUUAUCUUUGCAGACAAGUACGACGAUAAGUAUAAGCUUGGGAACUUAUACGAUGAAGUUUUCGACAACAUUUUUAUAGGAGGAGAGCCCACAGCUCUAAAUGAAAGUAUACUACAGGAGCUUGGCAUUACUCAUGUCCUAAAUGCUGCCAUGGGAACAAAUGGUUUCUCUCAAGUUGACACAGAUGAAACGUUUUACAAAAGUGAAAUUAUCUUUUAUGGGAUUCCAGCUUUGGACAUGCCAUCUUAUAAGAUAAGCAAGCAUUUUAAAGAGGCCUCGAAUUUUAUCAGAAGAGCAGUUGGUUCCAAGAAAACUGGUCAGAGAGGUGGAAGGAUUUUUGUUCAUUGUGUUGCUGGCAUCAGUCGUUCUGCAACUCUUGUCAUAGCAUACCUCAUGACUUAUCAAGACACAAAUUUAACUGACGCAGUACAGAUGUUAAGGAGUAAGAGAAAAAUAUGUCCAAACCUUGGGUUUCUACAGCAGUUGAUUGACUAUGCAGCAAAAAUUGACCGAUGUAGAUGA